AUGCCACAUCCAACAACCCAAAACUCUGAUGAUAUGGACAAUCUUUCUGCUUAUGAUGAGGCAGUUGAGAAUAAUAAUGCUGCAAAUAUUGUGAAAAACCUUCAAGCAGCAGUCAACCAACAAGAAACAUCUCAUCAAGAAGCUAGUGAAGUAGAAUUAUAUGAUGAAGAGUUGGAAGAUGAAGAGUUGGAAGACGAAGAUACUAUGGGGCUUUUAGAAGAUAAAAUUGAAACCUGUAAUUGGCGUAAAAAAAUUUCUGUUGCUCUUCAAAACUUAGUAUUAGACAUCAAAAAAGAAAAUGUAAAUAGUGAAGUUUGGGUACAUCUUUGUAGUAUUCGUUUUUAUCUACAGCUUGUAAAAAAUAAUCAUCAAAAAAUGGAAGCAAAUAAAAUAAUUGCAGAUGUAGCAGGAAAAGGAGUAUAUCAUGCUAAAUACAUUCGUUUUUGGGCACAUGAGUAUAUUAUGACACAUCAGAUUCCCUACUCUUGCCGAGGACACCAUGCUAAAACAUGGAGCUUUCUUUGGGAUGAAGAUAUUCUUCUUCAAAUAAAAUCGUAUAUUCGAGAAAACAAGUGGAAUAUUACACCACAUAUGGUUAUGUUACAAAUGAAUGAAGUCAUCUUACUAGGACUCGGAUUUGCACCACCUCCAACUAUCUCUUAUAAUACUGCUAAAAAUUAUUUAAAAGAGCUUGAGUAUAUUUAUAGGAAAGUACAAAAAGGUAUUUACAUAGAUAGACAUGAAAGAGAAGAUGUAGUAGCCUAUUGGAAUAUAUUUUUAAGAUGA